GAAAGAUAACUCUAAUUUUGUUUACAGUAAAAGAUGCAGUGUGUUACAUGUGUUUGUUGAUCAGGCCCCUCAGGAAACUGUGCAGCGACAAACGCAUCCAAGUGAACUCAGAUAAUCUUCAGGAAACUGCAGCGACAUAUACGCAUCCAAGUGAAUUCAGAUAAUCUGUGGAGAAAAACCCGUGCGCUAGAUAACAACAGAAUCAAGUUCCAGCCAAAAUGUCGGAUGAGGAGGAAGAAAUCCCAGAUCUUGUUCCUGCCACACUGGAGAGAGUACCCAUCACAAUCAUCACAGGAUUCUUAGGAGCAGGCAAAACCACACUUCUGAAUUAUGUCCUGACGGAACAACAUGGGAAGAGAAUUGCUGUCAUCAUGAACGAGUUUGGUGAAGGGGACUCAAUAGAGAAGUCGAUGUCGGUCGGACAGGAAGGCGAGUUGUUUGAGGAAUGGCUGGAACUCAGAAAUGGAUGUCUUUGUUGUUCUGUGAAGGAUAAUGGAGUAAAAGCCAUAGAGAACUUGAUGACCAAGAGAGGGCGCUUUGAUUACAUUCUCCUGGAGACAACUGGACUGGCUGAUCCUGGUCCCAUUGCGUCAAUAUUCUGGUUAGACGAAGAGUUGUGCAGCGAAAUAUUUCUAGAUGGUGUGAUCACUAUGGUAGAUGCCAAGUACUGCAUGCAGCAUCUACAAGAAAUCAAACAAGAUGGUUCUACAAAUGAGGCCACUCGACAGGUGGCUUUGGCUGAUGUGAUCAUUAUCAACAAGACAGACCUGGUUAAUUCUGAGGAGCUAGACCGAGUAAAAUCAUGUAUAAGAUCUAUUAAUAGCCUAGCAAAGUUGACAGAGACAACAAGAGCCAGGACAGACUUAGAUUCCAUUUUGGAUCUGAAUGCAUACGAUGGUAGGAGUAAGACAAGUUUAGAGGAGUUAUUCCAGGAGAGAGGCUUCAACAAAGACAGUAAACAUAUUGUUGAUCAGAAUGUGACUACAUUUACGAUGGAGUUUGCAGGAGAUGUAGAUAAACACAGACUCGAUAAAGCUCUACAAGAUUUACUGUGGGACAAAGAAUUAGUCAACUCUAAAGGAGACAAACAGGAAAUCUACAGACUUAAGGGAGUAAUAUCCAUAGCCGGUGAUGAUAGACGCCUUGUCGUCCAGGCUGUCCAUGAGUUGUAUGAUUCGUUUUUCACAACGAGCUGGGAGGACGAAUCCAAUCGGAUUAACAGGAUAGUGUUAAUAGGCAAACAUUUAGAGAGAGAAUCUUUGGAGUCCAGAAUUAAUACAUGCAGGCCGUCCACCAACAGUUCUUGAAGUCUGACCCGCUGAGGGAAUUAGCUGUUUUAGGAAGCAUUAAGAUUUAUUGUUCCUCCACAGCGGAUUGAGUGGCCGUGGGUAUAUUUAAUUGUAUUGUGAUGUUUGGUGCCAAUUACAUUCAAGAAAAACACGGAUUGUUCACAUGGAUUUAUUUACAUUAAAUAUGGACAAUACGGCCUUAACAAAAUAGCCACUAAACUGAUGCUUAACAAAUGAAAGACUAAAUGCAGACCAGGAUUUGUCGCAUAAACAAAAUAAAAUGAAUAGCACUCAU